GCUCGCGGUUCCUGCGCGGCCUCCGGUUGCCGUUGCUGCCGCGGGGCCGUUUCCCGCGCGCCGCCAGCCCGCCUCUCCGGCAGCCGCAGCCCCGGCUCCUCCCUCGGCCGGCCCCCGGGGCGGAGUCUGCGGGCUCGCCCUCCCCUGGCCGCCUCAGCCGGCGAGCCGACAACCGGGUCCCCUCCCCGCAGCAACACGGCGUCUCCCGCUCGCCGCGAAGACAGGGGCUUCCCCGCCGCCGCCGCCGCCGCCGCCUCCGGCCGAGCCCCGCCGCGCCCGCGGCCCGCGGCCGCCAUGCAGUUUAUGUUGCUUUUUAGUCGUCAGGGGAAGCUUCGACUGCAGAAAUGGUAUGUGCCACUGUCAGACAAAGAGAAGAAAAAGAUCACAAGAGAACUUGUUCAGACUGUCUUAGCACGGAAACCGAAAAUGUGCAGCUUUCUCGAGUGGCGAGAUCUGAAGAUUGUUUAUAAAAGGUACGCAAGUCUGUAUUUCUGCUGUGCCAUUGAGGACCAGGACAAUGAACUCAUUACCCUGGAAAUAAUUCAUCGCUAUGUGGAGUUACUUGACAAGUAUUUUGGCAGCGUGUGUGAACUUGAUAUUAUCUUCAAUUUUGAGAAGGCUUACUUUAUUUUGGAUGAGUUUCUUUUGGGAGGAGAAGUUCAAGAAACAUCCAAGAAAAAUGUCCUUAAAGCCAUUGAGCAGGCUGAUCUACUGCAGGAGCCACGGCAUGAAUAUUUUAAUGUCCCUGUGUACUAACUGACUACUCGUCGUGUGUGCAGAAUUUCACAGAGGAAAUAGAGCUGAUGUAAUGAAAGAAAAUCCCUCAGCUUGCUGACUGGUUACCCUGUAUGAGAACUCCAGUACCUUUACCGUUGUUGUUUUCUCCUGUUCCUAUUCCUGACUCAUGUGUUUUAUUUUCAUUAUAUUCGUCAAUUUGAUAUUGCUCAUUCCUCUACAGUUCACUAAUUUCUUCUCAACAAAAAUAUGGCCUAUGAAUGUUCUGAGUUAAUUUCUAUCUUAAACACAUACAUAUUGUCAUUAAUAAACCACCUAUGAUUAAUCUAGAGAGGAAUCUGGCAAUCGUUUACCAAAGAAAAUACAGCUCAAGUGCCAGGUCAUGAUAAGCAAUGCCAUGAUCCAUGGUGUGCACUGGCUUUCAAAUGUCAGGACCAAGAUAAACACUCUUUAACGUGAUUGUGCUUAGUCUAUGUGAGCUAAUGUCUCCUAAUAUACCACACCAAAGUAUACGUGGAAAUAAUACAAGAAAGUGAGAUUAAUUUGAUUAUAUAAUAUAUACAGUUAGAACACUGCAUUUUUAAGAAAGUUUGCAGUGCCACAUACAUGUCAUCACUUUCAUGCUGUGUUGUAUCACACUGCCCCUCCAGGGACUUUGAGAGAGCUGUUUCAAGUCCUUUAGGCAGUAUCUGCUGCUCAGUGGUAGUCCUUUCCAAACGUUGCAGACUUCAUUCAUAUAGCUCAAAAAUUCUAAUAGCCUUAAAGCCUAAACAUAUUUUGCUAGUUGUUGCUCUCUAACAUUUUGAGUAUUCAUUUCACUAUUGCUUUGUUAAUUAUAUUUCUGAAUGUUAAAACUUUUAAUAGCACUAUUGCAUAUGCUUUUAAAUAAAACGUAGCAUAUUAUAAAAGGCAAAGUACUAAACAGCUCAUUGUUUAUAUGAGUUAAAUAAGUUGUCAUUAAGCAGUAACUUCAAGAUAGUUGAACUAGUUAACCAGUGCAAGAAAACCUAUGAAAAUGUGUUUUGACCAAACUUAGUAUAAGCAGGAAAUGUGAAUCUACAGCUCACUUCCAUUCUCAACCAUUUGGUAAUGGGUGGAGCUCUCCAGUGAGCAUUUGAACCGAAUUCAUUUGAAACAUUGGUCUUUCAUUUCCAUGUUUUUCCUCCACCAACUCUCCCCAGCCCUGCAAUGUGUUAUUCAUCCUGUUUUAAUGCUGCAUAGAUACGCAUCGUCUCAUACCUGUUUGCUUUGGAUGCUGUGUGCUGAGCUGUAACAAAAUGUUGCUUCUUUUGUUACCCGUAAACAGCUGCUUGCUUUAAAUUAGUAGAUUCUGAAAUAACUUUUCUUGCAUGUCUUAAAUAAAAGUAUUGCAUGUA